CAUCCUAGUCUAGGCGUUCCCCUAGCCAGGUAUAUAAGGGCACACGUUGGAGAAGGAAAGCAUCAGUUGAUCAAUACAACCAAACAAACUCAACAUGAAGCUGUUCAUUAUCGCCGCUGUCUUGGCCGUUGCCGCCGCCGCUCCUUCCAGCUACCCCACGUACGAGAAGAAAUACGAGAAGGACUACAAAUACCCAGAGAUCGUCGUCACCGGCCAAUCUGAUGAACGCAAUCUCGACGGAAGCAGCCAAUGGAACUACGCCCAAUCCGACUACGCCACCCGCGCUGAAUCCCAGGCCCAGAAGAAAUUCGUCGUCACCAAAGUCGAUGACUAUGGCAAAGAAACCAAGGAGGACGUCUACGGUAACACCAACAAGGGAUCUUCCUACUGGAUCUCUCCCGAAGGUGAGAAAUUCACUUUGACCUGGGUUGCCGAUGAGGCUGGUUUCCAACCCAAGGGUGACCACUUGCCCGUUGCUCCCGUCCACGUCUACGAACUCCCAGUUGCCCCCGUCCACGAAUACGUCUUGCCCGUUGCCCCCGUUCACGAAUACGUUCUCCCCGUUGCCCCAGUCCACAUUCCCUUCAACGGAAAGGGCUACAAGAUUUACUAAAUAAGUAUCGUUAAUUAGUGUAAUCAGUUUUCCGACUAUGACGUAUUCUGUCUACAAUAUUUAUCAACUCCUUGUAAAUAAUAAAAUGCAAACAGCCUAA